AUGGCUUCAACUAGUUUAAGCCUCUUUGAAUCCCUCUCGACUGAACUAGUAAUUCUUAUUGUUGAAAAAUAUGUUUCCUACUCUCUAGAAGAUUUAGUUAGUGUUAAAUUAUGUUCUAGGUUUCCCAAUGAAGUUGGUAAUGAACAUUCUGUACCACAGAAGGUUACAUUGGCCAGCUUUCUCACUGAACCUACAUGGACGACGAAUCAACAAGCCGUGUUUUUCAUGAAUAUUUGCAUAUCAUCGGAGAACUUAGAAGCCUUAUACAUAAAAGGCAUGUUUGAUUUUUUCAAUCGUAAUGAUCCAACCGCACUGAGAAUGAUUGAAAAAGAAGCAGAAGGUGGCCACCGUGGUGCAGAGUCUAUACGUUUACCUCAGAAUCAACGUAUUCCUUCAUCCAAUGAAUAUGGAGAGGUCAAAUACUACUACAAAAGGGCUCUUUAG